CCCGCCCCCCGCCCGCGCCCGCGCCCCGCGCCCCGCGCCUCCGCCUCCAGGCCCCGCGCCCCGCGCCCCCGCGCGCCCGGCCCUCCGCCGCCGCCGGCCCGGACAUGGCCGCCAACAUGUACAGGGUCGGAGACUACGUCUAUUUCGAGAACUCUUCUAGCAACCCGUACCUGAUCCGCAGAAUCGAGGAACUCAACAAGACCGCCAACGGGAACGUGGAGGCCAAGGUGGUGUGCUUCUACCGGAGGCGGGACAUCUCCAGCACCCUCAUCGCCCUGGCCGACAAGCACGCCACUCUGUCAGUCUGCUAUAGAACCGGACCGGGGGCCGACAGCGGCGAGGAAGGGGAGACGGAGGAGGAGGUGGAGAACCCCGAAACGGCGGACCUGCCUGAGAAGCUCAAGCACCAGCUGCGGCACCGCGAGCUGUUCCUCUCGCGGCAGCUGGAGUCGCUGCCGGCCACUCACAUCAGAGGGAAAUGCAGCGUCACCCUGCUCAACGAGACGGAGUCGCUCAAGUCCUACCUGGAGCGGGAGGAUUUCUUCUUCUAUUCUCUAGUCUACGACCCCCAGCAGAAGACCCUGCUGGCAGAUAAGGGAGAGAUCCGCGUGGGGAACCGGUACCAGGCGGACAUCACCGACCUGCUGAAGGAAGGUGAGGAGGAUGGCCGAGACCAGUCCCGACUGGAGACCAAGGUGUGGGAGGCCCACAACCCCCUCAUAGACAAGCAGAUCGACCAGUUCCUGGUGGUGGCCCGCUCUGUGGGCACCUUCGCAAGAGCUCUGGACUGCAGCAGCUCCGUCCGACAGCCCAGCCUGCACAUGAGCGCCGCGGCCGCCUCCCGGGACAUCACCUUGGUGAGGGGGCUGCAUGCUGGGGCGUCUGCACAGGACCCCGUCCGGUUGUUGCCGGGGCCAGCUGUGUCCGGGCUCCCGGCAGGUGGCUCCAUGAGGCUGGGGUCGUCCAUCCAUCCCGUGCCCUCCCGGAGAGCCCACCGGGCUAGGCGUGGGAGCGAGCCCCCCUCCAUCUCUCCUGCGCCCCCGCUGCCUCCUGCGACUGUCCUCAUCUCUUCCCGGGUGGGUGGGCUGGCCAGCCCUGCCUGGGGCGCCUGCGGGUCCUCGCAGCAGCUGGGACCCGACCCGGGUGACCUCCGCGUGUCCUGCUACAUACAGUUCCAUGCCAUGGACACGCUGCACAAGAGCGUGUACGACGUUGCCAAGGCCAUCUCGGCGCUGGUGCCACAGGGCGGGCCCGUGCUCUGCAGGGACGAGAUGGAAGAAUGGUCCGCCUCGGAGGCCAGCCUUUUCGAGGAGGCCCUGGAGAAGUACGGGAAGGACUUCACGGACAUUCAGCAAGACUUUCUGCCGUGGAAGUCGCUCACCAGCAUCAUCGAGUACUACUACAUGUGGAAGACCACCGACAGAUACGUGCAGCAGAAACGCUUGAAAGCAGCGGAGGCGGAGAGCAAGUUAAAGCAAGUGUAUAUUCCCAACUAUAACAAGCCAAACCCGAACCAGAUCAGCGUCAAUAACGUCAAGGCAGGCGUGGUGAAUGGGGCCGGGGCGCCAGGCCAGAGCCCUGGGGCCGGCCGAGCCUGCGAGAGCUGUUACACCGCCCAGUCUUACCAGUGGUAUUCUUGGGGUCCCCCUAACAUGCAGUGUCGCCUCUGCGCCUCUUGCUGGACAUAUUGGAAGAAAUAUGGUGGCUUGAAAAUGCCAACCCGGUUAGAUGGAGAGAGGCCAGGACCAAACCGCAGUAACAUGAGCCCCCAUGGCAUCCCAGCGCGGAGCAGCGGGAGCCCCAAGUUCGCCAUGAAGACGAGACAGGCCUUCUACCUGCACACCACCAAGCUCACACGCAUCGCCCGGCGCCUGUGCCGAGAGAUCCUGCGCCCGUGGCACGCGGCCCGACACCCCUACAUGCCCAUCAACAGCGCGGCCAUCAAGGCUGAGUGCACAGCCCGGCUGCCUGAAGCCUCCCAGAGCCCACUGGUGCUGAAGCAGGCCGUGCGGAAGCCUCUGGAAGCUGUGCUCCGGUACCUAGAGACCCACCCCCGCCCCCCCAAGCCCGACCCCGUGAAGAGCGUGUCCGGUGUGCUCAGCGGCCUGACCCCUGCCAAGUCGGCCCCCGUCAUCAACAACGGCUCCCCCACCAUCUUGGGCAAGAGGAGCUACGAGCAGCACAACGGGGUGGACGGCAACAUGAAGAAGCGCCUCUUGAUGCCCAGUAGGGGCACUUACCUGGGUCUGGCGAACCACGGGCAGACCAGGCACAUGGGACCAAGCCGGAACCUCCUGCUCAAUGGGAAGUCCUACCCCACCAAAGUGCGCCUGAUCCGGGGGGGCUCCCUGCCCCCUGUCAAGCGGCGGAGGAUGAACUGGAUCGAUGCUCCUGACGAUGUGUUCUACAUGGCCACCGAGGAAACCAGGAAGAUCCGCAAGCUGCUAUCGUCCUCGGAGACCAAGCGUGCCGCCCGUAGGCCCUACAAGCCCAUCGCCCUGCGCCAGAGCCAGGCCCUGCCCCUGCGGCCGCCCCCACCGGCCCCUGUCAAUGACGAGCCCAUCGUCAUCGAGGACUAGGUGCCCCGCUGCCCGGCGAGGCCACUCCGACCACAGCCCGCGCCCCCGCCCGCCCGCCCGCCCCUGCCCGGUUUUGGUAGUGCUCCCCCCCCCCCCCCCCCCCCCCCCCCCCCCCCCCCCCCUGCAGAGAAACUGCUCCUCCGGGCGCCUCGGGGGCAAGUGCCCCUUCACUUACUCCCAGAAAGCCCGGGAGUCGUUUUUAGCUUUGUGUUUACUUUUUGGCCGGAGCGGAGCUGAGGAGCCGCCCGGGAGCCCGCACCACCCUGUGGGCCUCGCGUGCGGCCGCAAGUUUUGUUGUGUUCUGUUGAAGGUGCCAUUUUAAAUUUUAUUUUUAUUACUUUUUUUGUAGAUGAACUUAAGCUCUGUAAACUUACAUCUGGAAUGUUAGGAUCGGCAUGGCCAGCGGCCGCCGAGCUGCCUGGUGGGGUUGGCCCCUGGUCUUUUCAAGUAAUUUUCAUAUUAAAAAAAAACAAAGAAAAAAAAAGUUAUAAAAAGAAAAAACCAA